ACCAGGUUGAAUAAUGUCCACAUCCACCGCCACAACGAGCGUCAUCACGUCCAACGAGCUCUCGUUGUCCGCCCACGGGCACGCCCACGCACACACACACUCUCACACGCACAGCCACGGCCACGGGCACUCUCUGCACCAGCACCCCCACAGUCGGAUCGGAGUGGGCGUCGGAGGAGUCGGCGUAGGAAUCGGUGUAGGAGUGGGAGUGGGAGUCCUUAGUGACGCCUCUCUCUCACCCAUCCAGCAGGGAGGAGGCGGCGGCGGCGGAGGCGCCAACAGUUCCCCCCUGGCGCCCAACGGAGUACCCCUGCUGACCACCAUGCACCGCUCCCCGGACAGUCCCCAGCCGGAGCUGGCUACCAUGACGAACGUCAACGUCCUGGACCUGCACACAGACUCCUCGAGGCUGUACGACAAGGAGGCGGUCUUCAUCUACGAGACGCCCAAGGUGGUGAUGCCCGCCGUCGGUGCCGCGGACGAUGCUCAUGCCAUCGAUGCACGGAUCGCGGCCCAGCUAGGCACACAGCACGCCCAGCAGCAGCAGCAGCAGCAACAACAACAACAGCAGCAGCAGCAGCAGACGGAGCACCAGCCGCUGGCCAAGAUCGAGUUCGACGAGAACCAGAUCAUCCGCGUCGUCGGACCGAACGGAGAGCAGCAGCAGAUAAUUUCGCGGGAAAUCAUCAACGGGGAGCAUCACAUCUUGUCGCGGAACGAGGCCGGAGAGCACAUCCUCACGCGCAUCGUCAGCGAUCCCUCGAAGCUGAUGCCCAACGACAAUGCGGUGGCCACCGCCAUGUACAACCAGGCCCAGAAAAUAAACAACGACCACCAGGACGUCUACCAGACCUCGCCCCUGCCCCUGGACGCCUCCGUGCUGCACUACAGCAACAACAGCAACGUGAUCAAAACGGAGGCGGACCUCUACGAGGACCACAAGAAGCAUGCGGCCGGCGGGGGCUCCAUCAUCUACACCACUUCCGACCCAAACGGCGUCAAUGUGAGCGUGAAACAGCUGCCCCAUUUGGCCGUGCCGCAGAAGCUCGACCCGGACCUCUACCAGACGGACAAGCACAUCGAUCUGAUCUACAACGACGGCAGCAAGACCGUCAUCUACUCCACCACCGACCAGAAGGGCCUCGAGAUCUAUUCGGGCGGCGACAUCGGCAGCCUCGUCUCCGACGGCCAAGUGGUGGUCCAGGCGGGCCUCCCCUAUGCCACCACCACCAGUGCCACAGGCCAGCCCGUAUACAUCGUGGCCGAUGUCAGCGAGGACCAUUUACAAAGUGGAAAGCUCAAUGGCCAGACCACACCCAUCGAUGUCUCGGGCCUAUCGCAGAAUGAGAUCCAAGGCUUUCUGCUCGGCUCCCACCCCUCGUCAUCGGCCUCGGUCAGCACCACUGGCGUUGUCUCCACCACCACAAUCUCGCAGCACCACCAGCAGCAACAGCAGCAGCAGCAACAGCAACAGCAACAGCAACAACAACAGCAGCAGCAGCAUCCCGGGGACAUUGUGAGUGCCGCAGGCGUGGGGAGUGCAGGCUCCAUUGUCUCGACGGCGGUGCAACAGCAGCAACAGCAACAACAGCAGCAGCAGCUGAUCACCAUCAAAAGAGAGCCGGAGGAUCUGCGCAAGGAUCCGAAGAACGGUAACAUUGCCGGAGCGGCGGCAGCGAACGGCGGCGCGGGUUCGGUCAUAACGCAAAAGAUCUUGCACGUGGAUGCAUCGCCACCAACCGACGAAGCUGAGAUUAGCGAGAUUAGCCACAGACCCAGCAGCACAACCUGCACGAUCAGUACCACAACCACAACCAGAACCAGAACCACCAGCUGCAGCAGUAGUGGUCCUGCUAGCGAACUAGAGAUGUAUGCUACCACGGGCGGCACACAGAUUUACCUACAGACCUCACAUCCCAGCACGGCCAGCGGCGCGGGAGGAGGCGGCGGCGGCGGCGGCGGGGGUGGAUCUGGAGGAGCCGGAUCCCUGCAGGCACAUAGCCCCAGUCCGGGGCCGUACAUAAUCGCCAACGACUAUGGGAUGUACAUGGCCAGCCGACUGCCGCCCGGCCCCCCGCCCACCACCGCCACCACCUUCAUAACGGAGCCCUACUACCGCGAGUACUUCGCGCCGGACGGACAGGGCGGCUACGUGCCCGCCUCCACGCGCACCAUCUACGGAGACGUGGACGUUUCGGUGUCUCAGCCGGGCGGAGUGGUCACCUACGAGGGCCGCUUCACCGGCAACGCCCCCCCGCCCACCACAACCACGCUGCUAACGAGCAGCGUCAGCGUGCACCACCAGCAGCAGCAGCAGCAACAGCAACAGCCCCAACACCAGCAGCACCUCCACCAACAGCAGCCACAGCAGCAGCAGCAACACCAUCAAUGGUGUGGCGGGACGCCACUCUAUGCCAAGGCCAUCACGGCGGCGGGACUCACCGUGGAUCUGCCCAGUCCCGACUCGGGCAUCGGCACGGACGCCAUUACGCCGCGGGAUCAGACCAACAUACAGCAGUCCUUCGAUUACACGGAACUGUGCCAGCCGGCCACCCUCAUCGAUGCCAAUGGAAGCAUACCCGUGUCCGUGAACAGCAUCCAGCAGCGGACAGUGGUCCAUGGCAGCCAGAACAGUCCCACCACCUCCCUGGUGGACACGAGCACAAACGGUUCGACGCGUUCGCGGCCCUGGCACGACUUUGGCCGCCAGAACGAUGCCGAUAAAAUACAAAUACCAAAAAUAUUCACAAAUGUUGGCUUCCGAUAUCACCUGGAGAGCCCCAUCAGCUCGUCGCAGAGGCGCGAGGACGAUCGCAUCACCUACAUCAACAAGGGCCAGUUCUACGGGAUCACGCUGGAGUAUGUGCACGAUGCGGAUAAGCCCAUCAAGAAUACGACGGUUAAGAGUGUGAUCAUGCUCAUGUUCCGCGAGGAGAAGAGCCCCGAAGAUGAGAUCAAGGCCUGGCAAUUCUGGCACAGUCGCCAGCAUUCCGUAAAGCAAAGAAUCUUGGAUGCAGAUACGAAGAACUCGGUUGGUCUGGUUGGCUGCAUCGAGGAAGUGUCGCACAAUGCCAUCGCCGUUUACUGGAAUCCGCUGGAGAGCUCCGCCAAGAUCAACAUUGCGGUGCAGUGCCUGAGCACGGAUUUCAGCAGUCAAAAAGGAGUCAAGGGCCUGCCUCUGCACGUACAAAUCGACACAUUCGAGGACCCCAGAGAUGCGGCCGUCUUCCACCGGGGCUACUGUCAGAUAAAGGUCUUCUGCGAUAAGGGCGCCGAGCGCAAGACGCGCGAUGAGGAGCGACGGGCAGCCAAGCGGAAGAUGACGGCCACCGGCAGAAAGAAGCUGGAUGAGCUCUACCAUCCGGUGACAGAUCGGUCCGAGUUCUAUGGCAUGCAGGACUUUGCCAAGCCGCCGGUGCUCUUCUCGCCCGCCGAGGACAUGGAGAAGGUAGGUCAGCCGGGCCUGACUGGCUUGACAUUCAUCCACACGAAUACGAAUACGCACACGAAUACGAAUACGAACUCGAACUCGAACUGCAACUCCAACUCGAAUUCGCCCUUGCAGAGCUUCUACGGCCAUGAGACUGACUCGCCGGACCUGAAGGGGGCCUCGCCGUUCCUGCUCCACGGCCAGAAGGUGGCCACGCCGACGCUUAAGUUCCACAAUCACUUUCCGCCCGACAUGCAGACCGAUAAAAAGGAUCACAUACUGGACCAGAACAUUAUAACCAGCACACCCAUGACCGACUUCGGUCCGCCCAUGAAGCGGGGACGCAUGACGCCUCCAACCUCGGAGCGCGUGAUGCUGUACGUGCGGCAGGAGAACGAGGAGGUGUACACCCCGCUGCAUGUGGUUCCCCCAACCACAAUUGGCCUGCUGAAUGCGAUUGAAAACAAAUACAAAAUCUCAACAACGAGCAUAAAUAGCAUUUAUCGCACAAACAAGAAGGGGAUUACUGCGAAAAUUGACGAUGAUAUGAUAUCGUUCUACUGCAAUGAGGACAUCUUCUUGCUGGAGGUGCAGCAGAUCGAGGACGAUCUGUACGAUGUGACGCUGACGGAGCUGCCCAACCAGUAGCAGGAGCAUCCACUCACAAUACACAAAAAUAUGGACACAAUUUUUGCCAACAACACACACACAAGUUGUUUCAAUAAGCCAUUUUCCAUAAAGCCUAAGCCUAAAUCGUAGUGUAGUUGUAAUGUGCGGCCAGAGCCCAUCCAAGUUGCUACAAAAAUGGAUGGAUAUAUAGAAAUGCUAAUACAAUAUAUACAUAACCAUAUAAAUAUACAUAAGCAUAUAGACAUAUGCAUAAAAUUCGAUUUAGAUUUAGCAACAAUGAGAUUACUGAAAAUUUUUUGAUCAAAUUUGAAAUUCUCGCUAUGUUUAUAGAUAUUGUAAUAUUGUCUAAGUCCUAAUCAUAAUCGUAAUGUGUAUUUAUGCGUAUAUAGUACCAUAUAUAUUGAUAUAUAUUGAGUGUAUAUAGAUAUACAUACACUCGUCUGUAUGUAUGUAGUGCAAAAGCUGUCUGUCCAGUAGCACAUAAGUUUCGCUUCCGCUCCCCUGCUUAUGCUUAGACCUUAGGUCCAGGGCAAGUAAGAGUUACAGAAUCUAUCUUUUAGAACCUUUAAUUCUAUAUAUAAACACACCCUAGAGAUACAUGUAUGUAUGUUUGUCGUAAGCGUUUACUUGUUGAAUAUAAAUUGUACAAUUAUUUUUGGAUAAGCCCACACAAAAACAAAAACAAAACAAAAACAAAUCGUUUGUUAUAUAUUUCUGUUUCCCAAUCUCGUAACUCGUUACCCGUUACCUUCCCUCUACUAUUCGGCCCACUCUGUUAUGUUAUAUAUAAUUAGGAUCUCUGAAAGAAAAGAAAAAAAAGAAACGGAAAUUUGAAGCGAAAAUUACUUUGACAUUGUCCAAAAGAAAAGAAAGCAUAACUAUCCGUAACUUUAGGGAUACACAUAGCGAUAAGUACACUCUGCAAUAAAACAUGUUGAUAAAAAUCGUGGUUAAGUCCCAGAUAAGGCAAAACAAUAUCGAAACAAAACCACAAAAAACAAACAAAAAAAACGUUGAAGUAAAUUUGUGUGCAUUUGUUGUAAAACAAACAAAAAUAUCUAAAAAGAAAAAGAACAAUCUCGAGAAACUCGUGAAAGUUGAUUCAAAACUCAAGAAUGGAAGAAAGCAAGAUCCGAUUGUAGCACCAUGCAAUAACCGACAUUCGAUUAUAUAUAAAGAGAUACACAGUUACAGAUAUAUAUGUAUACAUACAGACACACAUAUGUUUAUCGCAUAGCAGGAAUGCGUUUACAAUCUUUGUUUGCCAUAAUUAACAGUUUAAUUUAAUUAACGAAAUGUUUUGCGUACAAUCCAAUCUAGGCGCAAUCCAGGCAGGGGGCUCUGCGAGAGAUCGAUCGAGACCCGACCUGCCUGGUGCCACGAAUAUUCCGCAUCGAUUGCUACCACUCUGAACAGUACGCGUUCAAUGCUCAAUAUUAUUAUUAUUUGUUUAUUAAUUGUAAUCCCCCUUCCACUUCCAUUGCUACUGCUAUUUGUACUCUACUCUCUCACCCUCGUCCCUCGUCCUCCCUCCUCAAACCCCCCUUACAAUGCUAUCUUUCUACUUCUUUGACUUUGACUGUUUAUGGGAGUUUACAGGGUAAUCAGAAUCGCAAUCGGAAUUCGAAUUCCCGUCUUUUGCCCACGACAGUCGAGGUGUUGUACAUCACAAUUUGUUUUUAGUUUUAGCACUUAAUUCUAAACGUACUGUACUCUAUUCAAGAUUAUACAAUAUUAUAUUAAAUGAUACGCGAUCAGAUGAUAUGAUAUGAUAUGAUACGAUACGAUAUGAUAUGAAAUGAUGAAGAACAAUCGAAAAUCUUGCCGGAAUGUUAUAAAUCUUUAUGUUUAGUUUAUUGUAACCCCUAAGUUCUAUGCUCUUUCUAUAUAUUGUAUACAAACACAUACACAUAUAUUUUAAAAGCCAAUAAUUUAUUUUUUGUUACUGUUGGAAACGAUUCCGCGAAAAAUAGAAAAGCAAAAAACCAACAAAAAAAAGUGAAAAUCAAACUGAAACUGAAGCUGAGAACAAGUGGUACGCACUCCAUGGAUCGUGUGAGAGGCAAAUGUCCAACUUGAGAAUGACAAACGAACAAAAUAAAACAAAUUGUACAAUAUAAUUAUAAUGAAUACACAAAAUUUAAAUAAAGAACAAAAAGUAAA